AUGGUGCCUUCAUGGGCAGUCAGAACAUCAAAGAAGAAAGGACUCAGUCUAGAGGAGAAAAGAAGUCGAAUGAUGGAGAUUUUCUUUGAAUCUAAAGAUGUGUUUCAGCUGAAAGACAUCGAGAAGAUUGCUCCCAAGGCAAAAGGCAUAACUCCAAUGAGUGUGAAAGAAGUCCUUCAAAGCCUGGUGGAUGACAACAUGGUGGACUGUGAAAGAGUGGGAACGUCCAACUACUACUGGGCUUUUCCCAGCAAGGCCUUCCACCUUCGAAAGCACAAACUGGAGGAGCUACAGAAGCAGAUUUCUGAUGCAAAUCAGCGGAAAGCAUCGGUGCAGAAAUCGGUUGAUAAGGCAAAAGUGGGACGUCAAGAUACGGAAGAAAGAAGCUGUCUAAUGAAGGAGCUGCAGGCUCUCAGAGAGGAGCGAUCACAGCUGCAGGCUGAGCUGGAAAAGUACCGUGACUGUGACCCAGAAGUCAUCGAGGAAAUGAAAAAGUCAAACGUCGUCGCAAAAGAAGCCGUUUCCAGGUGGACGGACAAUGUUUUUGCCAUCAAGUCCUGGACAAAGAAGAAGUUUUCUUUUGACGAUUGCCGCAUUAAUAAAGCCUUCGGCAUCCCUGAGGACUUUGACUACAUGGACUGAGUCAAACAUUUUCACUGAAACAGUU